AUAAAAAACCCCAUCCCCUAUAUCCUUUUCAUCAUCCCCAUUCUCCGACCACCAAUUCUCCGACCACUGAAUCAGAACUGGCCAACCUUAAAGACCAACCUCUGGAGUCGGCAUCCGGCAACGGGAGCGUGGUGCUCUCCCUCUACCACGCGCUAACCUCACGGGACGUUCAACUCGUCACCAAACUCCUAGCCCCUGACCUCGAGUGGUGGUUCCAUGGCCCCCCGUCCCACCAGUUUAUGAUGCGAUUACUCACCGGAACUGAUACCGUCACCGACUCUUUUGAAUUCGAGCCUCGGUCCAUUGACGCCUUUGGAUCUACUGUCAUCGUUGAAGGCUGCGAUCAGUCACGUGAUAUCUCCUGGAUUCACGCCUGGACUGUUGACUCGCAUGGGAUAAUUACGCAAGUUAGGGAGUAUUUUAAUACUUCGCUUACUGUUACUCACUUUGGUAGCUCCAAUAAACCGGUUUCUGUUACUGGGUUGCAUUGUCCUUCGGUUUGGGAGAGUAGUUUGUCGAAUCGGGUUGGAAAGUCUGUUCCUGGAUUGGUUCUGGCUAUAUAACUGGAGCUAAGUUGGAUGUAUGUAUGCAUCUGGUUUGUGUGGUUUUGGAAGUAGUUUUAGUUAUCCGUUAUGAGGAUUGUAUCCUGUUUGUGGUUAAGUUAUCUUGUUGAUGUAAAAUCGUACCUUUGUUCUAUUGAUGAAGCUUUAACAAUCUGUAGGAACAAUAUUUUA